AUGCUGGCUGCACUGGUGGUUUUGUUUCUUUCGGUACUUAUGGCCUUCAGAUAUCUCUACAAGAAGAUAUUUGUAAUGGGUAGGCUGAAAUGCAUCAGGAAGCCCUGCAAGAACUGGGAGGUGCCUACAAGAGAGGCCAUGAUGGAGAGACUUCGGUCGGAGGUGUUUGAUCUGAUCAUAGUUGGUGCAGGGAGCAGUGGGGCGGGAUGUGCCCUUGACGGAGCAACGAGGGGGCUGAAAGUAGCUCUGGUAGAUGCAGGGGACUUCGGGUCAGGAACUAGUUCGAAAUCGACCAAGCUUGUCCAUGGUGGAGUAAGGUAUCUUGCAAGUGCAGUUAGUAACUUAGAUUGGUCUCAGUACAAGCUUGUUUGGCAAGCGUUGGAAGAAAGAAGUACCAUGUUUAGAAUAUCGCCAUAUCUUACAAAUAGCAUCAAGAUAAUGGUUCCGGUAUACAGCAGGAUACUUAUUCCUUACUAUUACAUUGGGCUGAAGCUCUAUGACUGGAUCUCAGGGCUGAAAUCAUUGGGAGGAAGCUAUUUUAUUGGAAGGAAGGAGGCUAUAGAUGUAUUUCCUCAUGUCAACAAGAAGAAUCUUUGUGGAGCAAUGGUUUAUUUUGAUGGGCAGCAAGACGAUGUUCGAAACAAUGUGAUGCUAGUGAUGACUGCAGUUUAUCAUGGAGCAGUGGCAACGAACUACCUGUCUGUGAAAUCCUUGAUAAGCUCGGGUGGAAAGAUUACGGGAGUUCGAUGCAAAGACGGGAUUACAGGCUCGGAAAUGGAGAUUAAGGGACUUGGGGUUAUCAAUAGCACAGGCAGCUUUGCAGAUGAUCUAAGGAAGAAGAGCGAUUCAAGCACGGGAGAGAUUAUAUCCCAGAGUUCGGGAACACAUAUUGUUAUUCCAAAGGAAUAUGCACCCAAGGAAAUGGGGUUUCUGGACCCUCUUACAGGAGACAACAGAAUAGCCUUUUUCAUGCCAUGGAUGGGGAAGACUCUUGUGGGGGCCACGGACAUCAAGGCAAAGAAUGAGUUGUCGCCAUCUCCAACAAAGGAGGAUUUAAAGUUUCUGAUGCAUGAGGUUAGGGCAUACACUUCGCAGGGCCUAAAGCUGGUCAAGGACGAGGUCUCUGCUAUCUGGACAGGAAUAAGACCGCUGGUCAAAGAUGACGAGGUUUCGGAAACAAGUUCUAUUGUUAGGAAGCAUUUUGUCAAGAUUGAGAAGAAUGGACUUCUAACGGUCACAGGAGGGAAGUGGACGAUAUAUAGAAAAAUAGCAGAAGAUGCCAUAGACUUGGCAAUCCGAGAGUUUUCAUUGAAGCCAAAGGGCCCUUGUGUGACGAAAUAUGUUCAGAUACUUGGGAGUGAUGGGUAUUCCGAAGACACAUAUGUCUCGAUCCAAAGGAAACUAGGGGUGGGAAAGGAUACUGCAGAGAGGCUUACGAGAUUCUACGGAACAAUGGCUUUGAAGCUUGCAAAGUAUAGAAGAAGGGGGAAGAAGAAAGAUCACCUAUCAGAGAAAUACACCUACCUUGUCGAAGAAGUGGAGUACUGCAUAGACAACGAGAUGGCUGUCAGGAUAUGCGAUGUGCUCUGCAACAGGCUGAUGAUUGGGCUUAUAGAUGUAAAGGAGGCCUAUCGGUGUCUUGGGAAAGUUCUUGAGAUAUUCAAGAGGAAGCAUAGAUGGGAUGCAGACCGAUGCAACCGUGAGGAAGUAGAUGCUAUAAGAAUGCUCAAUACAUAUGGGCUGAAAAUCUUAAGGGGAGAACUUCAGAGCAGUUCUUCAUUGGAGUAG